AAUGGCUAAGGGACUGACGGCAAAUUUCACAUCAUUCUCCCUUCUGACUGCUGUAUCAAUCUCUCAAUAUUUGUCAUGGAUACACUAUAUAAUAUAUUUUUAGGAGCAAAAAUGCAAAUACAAAAAUUAUGUUUGCUGUUGUCUAUGACAACUUCCACUUCUGAGAACCCCGGAAAUGUGAAAAGGUUCCAUUGCUGCGUUCUCAUGUGAGUGACAUGUCUCGUCCUUGCACCGAAAAACAGAUAUAAAUUGAAUUCUGUAAAGAUAUAUGCAUGUGUAAAGCAAUUGUUACAUUUAACCAAUAAUCAAUUCAGAGUCAGGUAUCACAGUUCUAGCUGUCAUUGCCGAUUUAUUUCCAAGGGUGCAUUUGCCACACUGCAGUCUCUUCGCAGUCUAAUAGCAGGUGCUUUAUUUUAACUCCAGAGUGCCUGUGAGGAGGAUGUUGGCAGACCACUCUCACAAGACACAUGGGAUUUUGUCAUCUGGCAAGUUCACUCUUCAUCAGUAUGUGCAAGGCCAGCUGGCAUCGGAUGUGUGUACGUGUGACUAGAUUUAGCGCUGAUGCCCAUUAUAUCAUGGAUGGGAUGCACUAUGGCCUAACAGAAUCCGGAAAUUAAAGGAUUACUCCUAACUGCCAAACACUGGAGAUCUGGUGUGCCAAAGAUUUCGUCAGCCCAGGGCGAAAGAGCAGUCAACAAGUCUUACUUCUGCUCUGCUUUGUUGAUAUGUACAUUUGUAAACUGGAAUGUCUGCUUUUGGUGGAUUUGUAACGGUUCACAGUGGAAAUAACCUCUUGCACUCACAAAAAGUAUAUACAAAUAACAAACAAUGCAUUUUCUGGACAUUUUUUGUGGAUUUCUAAAUCCACUGAUUGUUUUCCCAUGACCUCUCUUCGUGGUGCGCAUCCCACUGCUGUGAAGAAGAAAUCGAUGAUGACGAAAAACACAAAUUAUGCCAUCAUGUCGCUGCCUUUCUCAGAACACAUAAACUGCCGAGGGAUUUUUCAAGGACUGUAUCCGCCCUCUCGCUCCCUUUUUAUUCACCUUCUCCUAUUUUUAUUGCCCUCGGUUGCAGUUAGUAGCGUGCCGGGUUUGGAAUAUGACUGGGGCACGCAACCCAAACUCGUUUGCAUCCCUAUCCCUGCAGAUGCAGAACCUGGUUGUUUUACACCAGGUGGAGCUUCACACGGGACUUUACAUGGGACUUCGCAUGGGGCUUCACAUGGCCCGAACAGCAAUGGACAUGGGAAUGGUCCUGGGAAUGGACAUCAUGGCCCAGUUAGCGGUCUGCCAAGUAGUCACAGCAGUAGUAGUAGCCGACAUGGCAUAUCCGAUGAGGCCAAAGCCACCAUCCUUCAUCUGAGGGAGAGCCUUGUGCGACAGAAGGAGACCAUCUUGGAUCAGCGAGAGACCAUUCGUGAACUGACAGCAAAACUGACCCUCUGCGAGAGCUUUGGGAGAGGGCAUCAUGAUGACAACCAUCAUGACAACCAUCAUGGCCCUUCACAUCACAACUCCCAGCAUUCCUCACACCACUAUGAGAGCCACCAUGCUGACCCACACUUCCCUUUAAACGGGCAUCGCAGUGACCAUCACAGAGGAAAAUCUCCGUAUCUGGGCAAACAUGGAGGCUUCUCCCCAGAACAGACUGGAAAGACCCUGCAGGCCCUGAAGGAGAGGCUGGAAAAUCUUCAGGCAAGAAAUUCUUCCAGUUCCUAUUCAAGUUCAUUGAGAGACCUCCUACAGCGCAAAAUCAACACACUAGAAGAACAGCUCCAUCAUCACUAUGACAGUCACUAUGGCCACCAUGAAAAUCAUCAUGGGCAUGGUCAUCAUGAGGAUCACCAUGAUCACGACGACCACCAUGAUCAUGACGACCACCAUAAUAGCCACCAUAAUAACCACCAUGAUGACCAUGAUAACCACGACAACCACCAGGCAAACCAUCAUGAUGACCAUCACUCCAGCCACUAUCGUAACAACCAUUAUGGUUAUCACUACGACCGUCACAGCGACCACCAUGAUGAUCACCAUGAUGAUCACCAUGACGAUCACCAUGGCAAUCACCAAAAUGGCCAUGAUGAUCAUCAUGACAGCCACCACAACAGCAACCACCAUGAUGAUCAUCAUGACAGCCACCACAACAACAACCACCAUGAUGAUCAUCAUGAUGAUGGCCAUCAUGGCAAUGGUCACCAUGAUGAUGGACACCAUGGAAAUGAUGAUCAUGUCCACCAUCCACAAACUUCUUUCAAGCCAACUGGGCCAAGAGUGCCUGUCCGUGGAGCCCUCAACAAGCUAGACACAGUACUGAGUAACCUUCACCUCAAGACUCCAGAACCAGGACCAAAUAAGAAGCCCAAGAAUCCUGACGCUUUUCAGAUUGGCUUCCCAAUGCGCACCAACUACAUGUAUGGGCGAAUCCGACGCACCCUUCUGAGCGAGAUCUUUGCCCUCACAGUCUGUCUUUGGUUGAAAGGAGGCUCAGGUCCUGGGAUCGGAACCCCGUUCUCCUACUCUGUCCCGGGCCAAGCCAAUGAACUUGUCCUGAUUGAGUGGGGCAACAAUCCAAUGGAGCUGCUGGUGAAUGACAAGGCAGUCACUCUUCCUCUUUCUCUGACGGACAGUAAAUGGCACCACCUCUGUAUAACAUGGUCCACACGUGAUGGCAUGUGGGAGGCUUAUCAGGACGGUGUGAAAAGGGGCUCUGGAGAGAAUCUGUCUCCCUGGCAUCCAAUUAAACCAGGAGGAGUCUUCAUCCUUGGACAGGAACAGGACACUCUGGGCGGCCGCUUCGACGCCACACAGUCUUUUGUGGGCGAGAUGUCGGAUCUGCAGCUGUGGUCACGUAUGCUUACCUCUACUGAGAUCUACAACCAAGCUUCCUGCUCCAGCCACCUCACCGGCGAUGUCAUCUCCUGGAGCGAGUCCAUGGUGGAACUCCAUGGAGGUGUCACAAAGUAUCCCUUCGACCCUUGUCAUUAAGGAUCUAACCACCUCUGCUUAACCUGCAGCUGGAAAGAUGGACAGUUAUGAAUCUGCAGCGGCUCAUUUAACUAAGCACUUUAUUAGUUUAAGUGUCUAAGAAUUAAAUACUGCAUAUCGGGAUGUCAACAGACUAGUUGAACUCCAUUCCGUGUAUUUGGUUCACUUCCAGACACUAUUGAAAGUACUUCAGUAUAAACGUGCAAAACCACUUCCCAACAACAAUUAAUUACAAUUGGUUUGCACUACUAAGAUAAGGCAAGGCAAUGUGGACUAUUUUUAUAUAAAGUGAAAUACACAUUUGCAAACUUUUUCUUUUUCUUUGGUUGGUUAGACCCAUUUCUAUUUCGCUCUAGGCAGCAUGGGGGCAGCAGUGAGUUUUAAAGGCCUACAUUUCAUGUAUGCUGCAUUUUUAUAAGCCAGGACUUCAGUGUAGCUUAUAACCUGAGGUGCUCUUUUAGUCUUGCAAAUCAAGAAUAAAUUAUGCUAAAAAUAAACAAAUUGCAUAAUGUUUUUUUAUGUAUGUAAAUUUGUAUUAUAGAAAGCCGGAAAAUGUGCAAGUUAUAUUGGAUGUCAAAAGAUGGCAUUUUUUAUAUGUAUACUAUACAAAGAAGACAAGUGUUGUCUGUGGGCAGGUGGGCUGCUGGUAUGGGUUUAUAUACAAUAAGCACAUGCCAGAAAACUAGCGGCUGAAAGAAAACAGUGAGGUGUCCAUGGCAACAUAGCUUAAAGGGGGAUUAAAGAGAUAAAGAGCACUCUCAUUUAGACUCUCCCUCUCCCUCUCUCUUUCUUUUUCCAUCUCUCUUUUCUCUCUCUCUCGCUUUUUGAUUUCAUAAUAUAUAAUGCACUUUUUGUGUUUAAACACAUGCAUAUCUGUAUCUGAAGAAAUCUGCAUAAAGAGUACAUCACAGUGAAUGUAAAUAAGUUGGUUGCACAUUGCAGUUGUUAUUCUGUGAAAUGUUUUUUAAAUGGAUACAUGCAUGUGCUGUAGUAAUUUGUGAAAAUCCAAUGGGGAGACAGAUCUGUGUUUGAUUAUUGAUUAAUGAACUUAAGUACAAUACGGUUUUAAGCAUUUAGAUUACAGCAACACUUAUAUACAUUGUUUUGUGUUAUAUGGGGCUGUGAAGAAAAUUCUUUUAACAUGCAGUUUUUCUAUUUUUACUAAGUUUUUCGUAAUUAUUGCUAUUUAAUAUCAUUUAAAAAUAUAGUGUCCUAUGAGGUGAUAAAAUGACAAGUGAUAAAAGAACCAAUCUCAUUCAUCUAAAUGUAGAGAGUUUUUGUCAUAACCAAUCACCAAAUUCACUUGGUUUGUAGGUUUCCUGCCUACUGUGAAAUUUUAUUGGUCCAAAAACCGAAUCGUGGCUCAUUAGGGCACGUGUUAGUCAGAAUUCAUACGGGCAGAAUUCAUACCUCCAGCUGUUUAUUAAAAUGCUUAAAAUCCUGAGGCACUUAUUUAGAUUAUGCAUUUUCACUAUUUAAAAACCCAUUUAUUGUUUUAAACUUUUUAACUAGAUGGCCAAAUGUACAUCCAGAGAUAGCCUGAAUUUUUAUGUUUUUUCCUCUUCAUAUUAAAGGACACUUUACAGAUUCACCAGUUAGAUAAUUAUCCAACCUGACUGGUCAGAUUUAUGUAUGCAUGCAUUUGUAUGCAUUUGCUUGUUUGUGUGUUCAAAAUGGACUGCAUAAAUCAACUGUUAAAACCGCUUAACCUCGCCUUUGGUGUAUAUCUGUAUCCAAAUGCACUAAUUAGUUUUUUCUUUGUUUUUUUCUUUUCUUUUCUUUCAUCUUUCUAAUAUAAUUGAUGUAUAUAGCAGUUAUAUGUAUAUAUCAUAUUUUUACUCAUUAUUAACAAUUAUGUUUGGGCUUUAAUGCCUGUAAGCCAAAAAUGUACAAGCUUAACUUGAGACAAGCAUGUAUUCAAUUAUUUGUAAAUAAAGUAAUUGUUUUGAACUAA